AUGGCUAAUUCACUCUUCGAUGCUUCACGAUAUGAGUUUUUUGGUCAAAAUGUCGUGGGAGAGGUGGAGCUGGGAGGUUUAGAAUUAGAUGAAGAUGUUCCUUUAUUUGGAUCUACAGAUGAAGAGUAUCGGUUAUUUGUACGGGAGGAGGGUGCAGGUUUGGGAUCUUUAUCGGAUGUGGAUGAUUUGGCAAGUACUUUUGCAAAGUUGAACAAAGUUGUUACUGGUCCAAGACAUCCAGGAGUUAUUGGAGAUCGAGGAUCUGGUUCUUUUUCACGGGAAAGUUCAUCUGCAACUGAUUGGGCACAAGAUGGAGACUUUUGUAAUUGGUUAGAGCAGCAUGUAUUUGAUACAGAAUGUGCUCAGGAGGAGAAGAGAUGGUCAUCUCAACCUCAAUCUUCUGUUCGUCUUCCAGAUCCAAAACCUUUGUAUAGAACAUCCUCUUACCCUCAGCAGCAACCUACACAACAUCACUUCUCUAGUGAACCAAUUCUAGUGCCAAAAUCUUCUUUCACAUCCUUCCCACCUCCGGGAAGCAGGUCUCAACAUGGUUCACCUCGUCACCGUAGUAUUUCAUCCCUUGCUGAUGGAAGUCAGUUACCCUUCUCUGCACCAAACAUCACUUCUUUAUCCAAGUCUAAUCUGCAGUUAGCUGGAUUGCAUCAUGGCUUGCAUUAUGGAGGUAAUAUACACCAGUUCACCACUCCCGGCCUUUCUUUUAGUAGCAGGCCACAAAAUCAGUGGAUUAACAAUGCUGGUUUAUUACACGGGGACCACUCAAAUCUCUACAACAGUAUAUUGCAGCAGCAACUAUCUCAUCCAAAUGGCCUUCUGUCCCCUCAGUUAUUGUCAGCUCAUCAGCAGCUGCAACAGCACAGGCUACAUCACCCAGUUCAACCAUCUUUGGCGCAUUUUGCAGCACUUCAGUCUCAGCUCUAUAAUGCCCAUUCACCAUCCUCACAUAGAGCAAUGGUUGGAUUGACUGAUGUGAGAGAUCAAAAACCUAAGUCGCAGAGAGGGAAACAUAAUAUGCGUUCUUCUCAGCAAGGUUCUGAUACUGGUAGUCAAAAGAGUGAUAGUGGAUUCAUCCAGUUAAGAUCUAAGCAUAUGACAGCUGAGGAGAUUGAAAGUAUCCUGAAGAUGCAGCAUGCUGCCACCCACAGCAAUGAUCCUUAUAUUGAUGACUAUUAUCACCAAGCUUGUGUUGCCAAAAAAACUGCUGGUUCACGAUCAAAGAAUGCAUUUUGUCCAUCUCGACUAAGGGAGCUUCCAUCUCGAUCUCGUAGUGGUUCAGAUCAGCAUUCUCAUUCCACGCCUGAUUCAUUGGGGAAAAUACCCCUCGCUUCUAUUCGAAGACCUCGUCCCCUCCUUGAAGUUGAUCCUCCAUCCUCAGGCUCGGGUGAUGGUAGCUCUGAUCAGGCAAUAUCUGAGAGGCCAUUGGAGCAGGAACCCAUGCUUGCUGCUAGAAUCACUAUUGAAGAUGGUCUCUGUCUUCUUCUUGAUAUAGAUGAUAUUGAUCGGCUUUUACAACAUAAUAAACCACAAGAUGGAGGAGUCCAGCUUAGACGAAGGCGGCAGAUGCUGCUAGAAGGUUUGGCAGCGUCACUUCAGCUUGUUGACCCACUUGGAAAAAGUAGUCAUGGUGUUGGCCCAUCUCCAAAAGAUGACAUUGUGUUCUUGCGACUGGUCUCUCUUCCCAAAGGUCGAAAACUUAUUUCUAGAUUCCUCAAGCUGCUUUUCCCUGGUAGCGAGCUUGCUAGAAUUGUCUGUAUGGCUAUUUUUCGCCAUUUAAGGUUCUUGUUUGGUGGACUUCCAUCUGAUCCUGGAGCAGCUGAGUCAACAUCUAAUCUGUCAAAGACAGUUUCUGCCUGUGUUAAUGGCAUGGACCUUCGUGCACUAAGUGCUUGUCUUGUUGCAGUUGUCUGUUCCUCAGAGCAGCCGCCGCUACGCCCCCUUGGAAGUUCUGCUGGAGAUGGGGCAUCCGUUGUUCUAAAGUCCAUUCUUGAAAGGGCUACUGAAUUAUUAACCGAUCCUCAUGCUGUCAGUAACUGUAGCAUGCCUAAUCGAGCGCUCUGGCAGGCAUCGUUUGAUGAAUUCUUCAGUCUCCUUACGAAGUACUGCGUGAGUAAAUAUGAGACUAUUGUGCAGUCAUUAUUUUCACAGACGCCAUCAAGCACUGAUAUUAUAGGGUCAGAGGCAGCCAGAGCAAUUGGCCGUGAAAUGCCCGUGGAGCUUCUUCGUGCCAGUCUUCCCCACACCAAUGAACCCCAAAGGAAGCUUCUAAUGGAUUUUGCUCAGCGUUCCAUGCCAGUUUCAGGAUUCAGUGCUCAUGGAGGAAGCAGUGGGCAAAUGAAUUCAGAAUCAGUUAGGGGUUAGGAACGGAAACCACGAUGAAGUUGCCGGGUAACGAUGUUACUACUGAGAUGGUUAUUUUCUGCAUCGCUCGCUUCCUUCAGGAGGUGAACGUUCUCGGGGUCGGACGAGGCAGGAUGCGAUGAUUGGUAAGCGGCGUGGCCUUAUCUCAGGAGUCCGUUGAAGGGCUUCUACUUUAUCCAUUUCAGCGUUUUCUUUUAUUAUUUCUUAAAAAAAAAAAAGAAGUUCCAUCUAAAAAUGCUUAUUCUGUUUAAUAAUAGUCAUAUGCAUAAAUGUGUAUUAUUAAAAUUCUUAAUGGGGUUGUGACGGGAGCUUUAUUUUGGUGCUCUGUCUUUAACUUGAGGCUGAAAAGUCAAGAAAAUAGGUUGUAGAGGGCAGCAGUCAUUCUAAAACUUUCAGGAGUCUUCUCUUUUCCAGACUGAUUUCUUUUUUUCCUUCUUGGAAGAUGUAUGUUUGUUCAAAGUUUCUUUAGGCCAUUGUCUCAUUGGUCUCUCACAGCUGGAUUAGAAGUAUAUGAUGUCUCUUUACUCGGUGAUUCAAUUCUA